CCCAAGCCCAACUUCCACGCCCCAAACCCAAACCCAAAACCGAAACCCAACAUUGCCAUUACUUACACCCACGCUUCGGCAUCCCACAGCCUCACAUCAAAUGCCAUGGCGACAGACUCUGCCAAGUCAAUCCACCAUGACCUUCCCGGUUUUCUGCGUCUCCCCCCCAAAAUCCGACACUCCAUCUAUCUUCUCGUCUGGGGCACCCCCUGGGAAAUCAUACGCGAUGGCAACCAGAUCAAUUUAUUUUUCGAGUGCUCCAUGCCAGAAGUCUUUGACUUGUGCGGGCCGUACGACCCGUCUACCAAGAGCUACAACAUCCCACCAGUCGGCUUUCGCGGCCUUCUGCUCUCCUGCCGCGCCAUCCACACGGAAACCUCGGCUCUCCUCUAUUCCUCCAACAUGUUCUUCUGUCAUUACGAGGCCUUGCGCUCGCUAGCACCCCUCCGAGAGCUGAGACCCGAGUCAGUCGCAUCCAUGACCCGCCUCAAAAUCAUUCUCAACCAGUCAUCCUGCCAUUCCCGGGGCUCUCGCGAAGGAAACAAUUGCGAGUGUUGUGAUGAGACGCGGCUCUACACGGUCUACUACCCGAACGAAUAUCCCAAAGAAAAGACGGAUUGCAAGUGGCGUCAUCAUGGUGUCGAGCACGAUGAUCCACUCCGGCGAUCCCACCCGUCCACGAAGCCUAUCAUCGCGGAAUGGUACAAAACGGCUGCCCAUCUAGGCCCGCUGAUUACCCCGGGACAACUCGAACUAUACUUUGUGUGCGACGUGUAUAGUCGAGAUACUCAACUAGCCACCAUGGUGCUGGACGCGUUCCGCCAUUUUCCCCCGCUCAAGGACUGUCACAUAAGACUGUCCAGGACACCAGAUCCCGCACUUCACAAUCUUGCGCAAACCACUGUUCUAAAGGCCCGCGGCAUAAAAUCGAGAGUUCCACCGCCCCCUCUUCCGCCCCCGCCGCCUACUGGCAAUUGUCUUGUUGGGUUACCACGCGAGUUGCGUCUGCGCAUUCUCGAGUACACAGACCUCGUAACGCCGUUGAAGGAAGUCAUGUGGACGAGAUCGCACGGCAAAUACCUGGCAAGCCGCCCUUCCUGCCCGAGUUGGGAGGGGAGGGGAGACCAUAUGUGGGCGCCCGAUAUUCACCACGGUUGCCAGUUCACUAGCUGUUCGCAGAGGCCAUACCCUCGCAAGACCAUGGGGUGCUACUGCCAGCUCACGCAUUCCGCGGCCUCGUCUACCUGUCAUUGCUGGGCGACGCCCACCCCGCUGUUCCUCGUCUGCCACGCCCUGCGCCAUGACGCGAACCUGGUCUUCUUUUCAGAGAAUCGGUUUGUCGUCAUUGAUAGCCCAAGUCUAUCCGUCUUCGGGCCUCCGCGCGAGAGUGGUUACGAUCGAAACCGGUUCGCCGUAAGCCAGUUCCUCACGGACGUUGUCCCGGUGGACUGCCUCAGCCACCUGCGCCUUGUCGAGAUGGUGUUCCCCCCCUACCUCGGCCACCACUGGCCGCGGAAGGGGGACCCCGUGCUCAAGGACUGGUCGGAUACCAUUAACCAGGUCAAGGACCAUCUCAAUCUGCCCGCUCUCACAAUACGCAUGCUCGCCGUUUACCGCGAGGGUGAAGAUCACUAUGACACGGGAACGCUAACGAGCUUCGAGGCGACAGAGGCCGUUGAGGCAUACUUCCAUGUUUUGAGACCUCUGCUCUGCGAUAUUAUUCUCGGCCAACCACGAUGCCCCGACGGGACAUGCCGCCAUUCCCGCGUCUGCAGCGCCGUGGGGCUUCAUGCUGCAGGCGGCCCGCGAUGGCCCAAUGCCGAGCGAAGAUCCCCUCCCAUCACGGUCGAGCUUAAACGGUGCGCGAUCUCGGUCUAA